AUGUCCAUCAUCAUCAAGCAGCAGGAGUUGGUGGGCAACGCGGUGUCUCAGCUGGCGCCGAUGGCCGGGGCCAUCGUGGGCAGCGUGGGCGGCCUGGUGACGCCCCUGGGCCCCGCGGCGGGGGCGGGGCUGGGGGUGGUGACGGGCGUGGGGGCGGCCAACUCUCUGGGCCUCGAGAUUGCCCGAGUGGAUCUCUCCAGCGCCAUGAUCAACAAGUACCGGGAAAAGAGUCAGGCGGUGGAGGUGACCAACCGAUCGCUCAUCGGCACUGCGAGACCUUAUAGCACGGAGAGCUUUGUGGAGGUGCCUUUGGUGCCCCAGGGCAAGCUGUGGCUGUGCAUCGCAGACCUGCCGGAGCCAUGA